AUGGACGCCGCGGAGGACGCCGCGUCGAAGCUCCCGUCCCUCUACGCCGAGCUCGUCGCCAAGUCCUCUCGCGUUGCCGAGCUGCAGGCCAGGAUCUCGGCCCUCGAAACCGAGAACGCGGGUUUGAGGGAGGCCCUGUCGGUGGCGAGGCGAGAAGCAACGGGCAGUACAGGCGAGGAGGAGGACCCAAUCUCUCGUCGAUUGGCGCCAGUUCUACGCGGAAUCAAGCACGAGGUGGUCGAUAAGCGGGGCGGGGGCGUGGCCCGCGACGCAAUUGAGGUCAGCGACGACGAGGAGGGCGCUGCUGCUGUCGGUGCCAACAAAGGGGGAAGCCCGGAGGAGGGCGUGGGCGAAGCCGAUGCGGAGGACGCGGAGGGAGGCGGCGGAAGCAACAGGGAGAGCAGCGCGGGUCUUGAGGAUGAUGAUGUUUCGGUCACGCCGCGGGGUAAGAAGCGUGGCCGUGGGGCGGCGGCGACGCGGGUGGUCACCAGUGAUAGCGAGGAUGAUGGUGGUGGUGAUGUGGAUGGGCUUGGGAGUGGCAAGGAUGACGGCGACGAUCAGGAGGGCCUCAUGAGCAGCAGGAAGCGCGCCUUUCGCCGAGUCAGUGACAGUGAGGAUGAGGAUGGCGAUGAGGGCGUAGCUCCGCAUCAGGCUGGGAGUGGGGAGGAGGAUGUGCAUGAUAUGGUUCCCAUCUAUGAAUUGCUCAAGAGGAGGGGGCCUAGUGGGGACGGUGAUGAAUCGGAUGAGGACAAAGGGGAUUCCGCUCCCGUGACGAGGUGUUCUUCUCAGUUGGUUAAGAGGGUUCCUAGUGAGGAUGAUGAUGAAUCGGAUGAGGCCAAAGGGCAUUCCGCUCCCGUGACGAGGCGUUCUGCUCGGUUGGUUAAGAAUCAUUCAAAAUCCGACCGCGUGUUCCGUGGAGUCAGUGACAGUGAGGAUGAGGAUGGCAAUGAGGAAAUAGCUGCGCCUCAGGCUGAGAGUGGACCCAAGGAGGAGGAUAAUAUGGUUCCCAUCUAUAAAUUGCUCAAGAGGAUGCCAAAAGAGAGGGCGAGUGAGGAUGGUGAUGAAUCAUAUGAGGCCAAAGGUCAUUCCGCUCCUGCGACGAGGCGUUCUGCUCGGUUGGUUAAGAAACAGUCAAAAUCCGACCGCGUGUUUCGUGGAGUCAGUGACAGUGAGGAUGAGGAUGGCGAUGAGGGCAUAGCUGCGCCUCAGACUGAGAGCGGGGACGAGGAGGAUGAUAUGGUUCCCAUCGAUAAAUCAUGCAAGAGGAUGCCAGAAGAGAGGACGAGUGAGGAAAGCGAUGAAUCUGAUGUGGCCAAAGGGCAUUCCGCUCCUGCAUCUAGGCGUUCUGCUUGGUUGGUAAAGAAUCAGUCAAAAGGGCGAAGAGCUGCAUGUCCGGGGCUCCACUUUGUUGAACCACCCAAGGAUGUUGAAGGGAGUGAAGAUGAUAUGGAAGAAGACGAUGAUAUGAAUGAGUUCAUAAAUGAUGGUUCUUCUGAUAACGCUAGUGAUUCUGCUGAGGAAUCCUGUGACGAAUCAGAUGAACCAUCUGUUCUGAAUGAAAAAUCCUCUCCAGGACUAGAAAUGUCUGAUGGUGAGGUGGACUAUAAAGAUGUUAUGGCUUGCAUUGGCCGUAAAAAGAAAGCUAAAGAGUGGGAUUAUGAGGCAGAUAUGCUAGCAGCAUUUGGUGAACAUCCUGAGCUUUGCUUGAAGGCUGUUUGUGCCAUCUACCGGAAGCAAACUGAGGAUGAACAGGUGGAAAAGGCCUCUUUAGUUCAUAAUAAGCAGGGAUUUAGCAACAAAGAUGCCCCAAGGGGAUCUCGCAUAGCAGAAUUUCUUUUGGAUGGUGAUCGGGUUGGUCCACUGAAGAAGACCGUCUCAGAUUUGGACGAGUAUGAUCGUUAUGCUUUUGAGUUCUGUCGCAAGGUGGCUUCACACUACUCAAAACAACUUUUUGCAAUUUACCAGAACAAGGAGGACCCUUACUUUCAUCCAUAG